GCACCGUAAUUGACAUUCCUUCGGCGAAAAAUCAACAUGGCAAAUGUUGAACCUGACUACGAGCAAAAAGGAGAGCAUGGCGAGACAAAAGUCAAGAUAAUAUGCUUAGGCGACAGCGCUGUAGGGAAAUCAAAAUUGGUGGAGCGAUUUUUGAUGGAUGGAUACAAACCACAACAGUUAUCAACUUAUGCUCUGACUUUAUUCAACUACCAGACAGAACUUGGUGAUGAAAAAGUAUCAGUGGAUUUCUGGGAUACUGCGGGUCAGGAGCGAUUUAAUAACAUGCAUCCUUCAUAUUACCACAAUGCACAUGCUUGUAUUCUGGUGUUUGACACAACUAGAAAAGUGACAUAUAAAAAUCUACCCAACUGGUUAAAAGAACUUCGAGAAUACAGACCUGAAAUCCCAUGUUUAUGUUGUGGAAAUAAAAUAGAUGUGGAUUAUUCAAUAACAAAGAAAGCUUUUACAUUCCCUAAAAAACAUGGCAUGCCAUUUUAUUUUGUGUCGGCAUCAGAUGGCACUAAUGUUGUAAAGUUAUUUAAAGAUGCAAUUCGUGCUGCAGUAGCAUACAAAAACAAUUCUACAGAUUUUAUGGAUGAAAUUAUGAGGGAACUGGAGAAUUUUGAACUAGAGACAGAUAAUACAGCAAAUGUGACUGAUAGUGCAUUAGACUCUGCCAGUAAUUCAGAGGAGAAAAAAGAGGCCAAAGAAAAUUCCUCCAGCUGAGAGUGGCUUUACUUAGCUAUUAUUUCCCAUUGUUAAAUCCAUCAUAAUUUAUUCUGAACUCCACGGGCCCUGAGUGAGCACUAUGGAGAUAUAUACCACAAAUUUCACAGAGGUUGUGGGCGACUGCAGGCCAUUAUUAUAGUGAUCCACUAGUGCUUAUUAAUGCCAGAUAUUAAUGUUACACUUGAGUUCUUCACAAAAAUAAGAAUAAGAUACUGUAUGCAUGCAGUAUUUUGUUGAUUCUUAAACAAUCUGUAGAAGGGUAGUAGCAUAUGUGUAACUUAAGGUUUUAAAAGAUUAUUUUUGAAGUAAGCUUAUUAGAGAAUCCAAUGGCAUAUUAUAAAUAAGAUGUGAUCUGAUUUGUUCAGUAGAUCUGUAAAAGAAAUUGAUGAUACUACAUGUACAUGUAUUUAUAGCUUACCUUGACAAAGAUGUGAUUUUCGUCAGUAUGAGCAACUUUGUUGGCUCCAUGUGUCAGAAUUUUUAAAGCAGGUCCAAUUCCAAAAUUGUCUAAGCUGUAACUGAACCAAGCUUACAUGGAGGAGUGCAUACUA